AUGUCCUCGUCGCCAGUUUCAAACCCUGAACUCCCUUAUGUGGGAGAAGUGGAAGGUGGCCUUGUACCUGGAAAAAUGGUAAAAGUCCAAGGAAAAGUCCCUCCAUCGGCGGUUCGCUUUGCGAUUAAUUUCCAACUGGGACCAAACAUAAAUCCCCGGGACGACAUCGCAAUCCAUGUAUCGCCACGUUUUCCGGAGGGUUUUGUUACCCGAAAUCAUAUAGAAUCCAUGAGUUGGGGUAGAGAAGAAAACGAAGGCCCACUUUGGCUCACACCUGGCCAGGGAUUCGAGAUAAUAAUUUUGUGCGAUCAACCCUGUUACAAAAUUGCCAUUAACGGCAGACACUUUACCGAAUUUGCACAUCGUUUACCUUACAGUAAAGUUACGCACUUGGUUAUUGAUGGUGAUGUUGAAGUUGAAUCCAUUCGAUAUGAAGGCGGAUCCGAUGGUAUACCAUCGUCUCCUAGAGCACCCAUUAUCCCUGACGUUCCACCAGCUAAUUUUGGACCUCCAGGCCCAGGGGGUUUGUACCCAACAUUGGAGCCUGUAGGGCCUCAAGGAGGUGGUUACAACCAUCCUGGACAUUACGGCCCACCUACAGAUGCUUACGGUAGAUCUGGUGGUUACAAUCCACCAAGAGCUUACGGAUAUCAGCCAGGUUACGAAAAACCCGAAGAAGAAGAAGCGUUUGGUGGUUGUUUGGAUAAAGUUGGUCUUGCGCUUGGUGGACUAGUUGCGGUGGGAGGCGUUGCGGCAGCUAUGCAUGCUAUUAAUAAAAAGAAAGAACAUGAACAGGACCAUGAGAAAUCUGAUGCUACCAAGACGGAAUCAGAAAAAGAAGGAGGAGGCUUUGCAGGUCUAGAUAUGGCUUCACUCGGUACUGCCUUGGCGAGCAGCUUAGCUAGUAGUGCUCUGCAAGGGGACAAUAGAUCCUAUUCACAGGGCGGUGGAUAUCCUUCUCAUGAUUCCAGCGGUGGUGGUGGUGUUCUUGGAUCCAUCCUAGGUGCCCUUGGUACGUUAGCAAUUGCUAUGGACAUAAUUCAUUUACAGUUUAUGUCAACCAUUCCAUAUCUCUAA